UUUUAUAAUCAGUAUUUUACUGCUGUAUAGAUUGAAUUGAUAAGCUAGUGAGUACACAACGAGUUCCAAAAAAAAAAAAAAAUUAGCCAUUAUAACCUUUCCAAGAUUCAAUAAUGUGUUUGUUAUAUUAUUUAUUCAAUAAUGAAUAUCUGCGUAUGAAGUAUGGAAUCCUUUAUCAAACUACGACGAAUAAGAAAUAGAGGAGAGUAGCUUAAAGAUGGACACUGCAGAAAUUGUGGAUUUAUCUAGUGAUGAUGAAGGGGGUGAAGCUGGUUCCAGGGCUCUCCAUUUUGAUUCUGAUAUUGCGAGUGGUGCAAAGCAACAGAAUGUGACCAACAGAGGCCACACACCCAAACAUUACAGAUCUCGAAGCCAUUCUAAUAUACAAAAUUCUGAAGAAAAUAUGAGCCCCAGCCGUCCGAAUUCUUGUCAUAGUUGUUCUGGUGAUUUGAAGCAAGGUCUGUUGCCCGUUGGUGACGACGCAGGCCUCUCUGAUUCAUCACCAAUUUGUGCAGCACUACCUUGUAGGCAUUUUUGGAAAGCUGGAAAUUAUGAUAAUGGGCUUGUUCCUAAAGUCAGAGUCUCAAAUGCAGGCAACUAUCUCAAUGUCCAUCCUCUGUUCCUUCAUUCGAAUGCAACUUCACAUAAGUGGGCAUUUGGUGCCAUAGCUGAACUUCUGGAUAAUGCAGUUGAUGAGAUCCAAAAUGGGGCUACCUAUGUUAUUGUAGAUAGAAUUUCAAACCCAAAGGAUAAAAGUCCAGCAUUAUUGAUUCAAGAUGAUGGUGGUGGAAUGGAUCCAGAAGCAAUGCGUCGUUGCAUGAGUUUUGGAUUUUCAGAUAAGUCAAAAUUUGCAAUCGGACAGUGUAUGGACUAUGGCAAUAUUUUUGUGGUGAUUCUGCUAUUCUCUUCUCUAUUUAUAUUUCAAUUUGGCCAUACAGAUGGAAAUGGCUUCAAGACUGGUACCAUGAGACUGGGUGCAGAUGUCAUUGUCUUCAGCCGCCAUCUGAAUAACGGGAUACUGACUCAAAGCAUUGGGCUUCUGUCUUAUACAUACAUGAUGCAAACACAGCUUGACAGAAUUGUAGUACCCAUGGUGCAUUAUCAGAUCAAUACAUCAAGCGGAUCCUUCGGAAUAUUAAAUGACCAAGAGCAUUUUAUUUCCAAUUUGUCCAUAAUGUUGCGCUGGUCUCCAUUCACAUCAGAAAUAGAACUUUUGAAACAACUUGACGAAAUUGGAUGUCAUGGUACUAAAAUUAUUAUCUACAACUUGUGGUUCAACGAUGAUGGCAAUUUGGAAUUAGAUUUUGAUUUUGAUACCGAGGAUAUUUGUAUUGCUGGGGAUAUCAAGGAGGAGGUUGAUGCACUUUCUUCCUGGGAGACAUUGAAUGAGCAACACACUGCUAACCGGCUUCGAUAUUCUCUACGUGUUUACUUGUCCAUAUUGUACUUGAGGUUACCAGAAAGCUUUACAAUUAUAUUGCGAGGGCAAGUUGUGGAUCUACAUAACAUUGCAGACGAUCUUCAGUAUCCUGAAUUUAUCUUGUAUAAACCACAUAGUUCAGAUGAGUCUGCAGUUGUGACAACAAUUGGAUUUGUUAAGGAAGCUCCUGAAGUCAAUGUCCAUGGCUUCAAUAUAUAUCACAAAAAUCGGCUGAUCCUGCCUUAUUGGCAGGUUGUGAGCUAUCUGAGAAGUAGAGGCAGAGGAGUUGUCGGUGUCCUGAAAGCAGAUUUUAUUCAGCCUACUCAUAAUAAGCAAGAUUUUGAGAGGACUUCCUUGUUUGCAAAGCUUGAACAUCGCUUGAAGGAAAUGACGUGGGAGUACUGGGAUUCUCAUUGUCAACUACUUGGGUAUCAGAAAAAGAGGCCUAAGUCUCAGGUCCCCAUUGAUACUUUGCCGCCAAAACCACCUGGCUUUGAAAUACCGGUUGCAUUGAACAAAAGUACCUAUCCACAUAGCACGUUUGAGCAAGUAUCUCCUACUAAGAGGAAAGAGAGACAUGGAUCUAUGGACCUUCAUAAGAUGAAAAAGCAAACAAGGGAACAGGAUUUCUCAACAAGUGUUGGUUGCAAUGAUGAGAAUAUACAGACUACUGCAUGUUCUGAAGACCAGGAGGAAGACCAAGGCACUAUACACUUGAUACAAGUGAACACAGAACUCCAUGCAAGGUGUUUGGAAUUUGAAAAGACAAAUGAAGAACUUUGCCACAAGGUGACAGAGCUUAGAAGCAAAAUUCAAGACGCUAAGAUUGAGUAUAAUAGCCUUUUGUCUCAAGUGCACUACCAGGACCUGAUGCUAACAUGUAUUAUAGAUGGUACACCUCUUGCAGGCUAGCUUUGUUUCUCCAGAAUUUGUUUUUUGGUGGAAGGUUCUCUAGUUUUAAAUGAUGUUGUAUGAUAUGGGGAUGGAUUCUUCAUGUGAAAAUAUAAACAUGGUCAUGUGCAGAUUUUUUUGGCUCCAAUAUAGCUCUCGCAAGAGAAUAUAAUAUAUAGUGAAAGUUAUGUGAGAGUUUAGCCCAGUCUAUAUAGAUAACUAUUUUUACCUGUAAUUAUAUGAAAGUAAGAUACAUCCUAAUAUCUAGCUUUUUGUAGAUAUAUGAUACUGUGAGCUUUAAGUAAUUAAUGCCAAUUCUACUAUAGAAAUUUUAUUCUAUAAA